AUACUACACUGUAUUGCCAAAAGUAUUGGGACACCCCUCCAAAUCACUGAGUUCAGGUGUUGUUUUUCAGGGGUUGGGCUCCGCCCCUUAGUUCCAGUGAAAGGAACUCUUAAUGCUUCAGCUUCAUACCAAGACAUUUUGGACAAUUUCAUGCUCUUUGUGGGAACAGUUUGGGGAUGACCCCUUCCUGUUCCAACAUGACUACACACCAGUGACCAAAGCAAGGUCCAUAAAGACAUGGAUGAGUGAGUUUGGUGUGGAGGAACUUGACUGGCCUGCACAGAGUCCUGACCUCAACCCCAUAGAACACCUUUGGGAUGAAUUAGAGCGGAGUAGAGCUGAAAGUUUGUCAGCUGUGUGAUGUUUGGGGGGUUUCCUGCACACACAGUCCGGUUCAGAUCACCCCACAGGAUCUCAGUAGGAUUUAGAUCUGGACUUUGACUCGGUCUUUCCAGAAUUCUCUAUGUUUUACUUUUCAGUCAGUCUGUGGUGGAUUUACUGGGAUGUUUUGGGUCAUUGCUGUGUUGCAAGGUCCAGUUCUGCUUUAGCUUCAAUAUUUUGACAGAUGGUCUUACAUAUUCCUCAAGCACCUUCCGAUCCAGUGUAGAAUUCAUAAUGGACUCUAUGUCUAAGUCUACUCUAAGUCUCUUUCUUAUUGGAGAUUCAUGCACUUUGGCAUAAACUGUAGCAAGAGCUUGCUGUAGGUCCCGUGAUGAUAUUUUAGGGUUUUUGGAGAUCUUGCGGUCUGCUCUCGGGGUGAAUUUGCUCGGACGGUCUGACCUGGCCAUGGUGGCAGUUGUUUUAAAUGUUCUCCAUUUGUAAAUGAUUUUCUGGACAGUGGAACGGCUGAUUACAAAUUCUUUUGAGAUCUUUUUAUAUCCCUUACCAGACUCAUAAGCAUCAACAAUCUUCUUUCUGAAGGCCUCAGAGAGCUGUUUGGAUCUCACCAUGGUGAUACCUCUCACUUCAACAAUGAAGAGCAAACCAAGCUAAAUGUCUGAGGGUUAAAUAAGACACGCCUCCUUCACAAUGCUCUGGAACAAUCUUCCACCUGAUGUGAUUCACCUGGAGGCAACAUGUCGGACGCGUUGACGUGUCGUUCCUCUUCCGCCCCAUCCCGCGGUGUCUUCCGGUUUUGUUUUGUUCAUAGCGACCGUUUACGCUAGCAACCAUGGCGGCGAGCAGAGAAGCCGCUACAGACUCAGCUUUAAAACAAGAAGUGGAAAAACUAAGAUGCACAAAUGCUGUUCUUCAGACGGAGAAUGAGAUGUUCGAGAGCUUCAUCGGUCAGCUGGAUUCUCUCAGCUUGACCUCACUGCUCGGGUCCCGGAUGGAGAACGAAGUGUUUUGCUCUAAGGUUCACAGAGGGAAAUCUGAAAGCUGUGGAACAUCUCAGGAACCCCCGAAUCUCCUGAAACUGGAACAGAAGUAUUACAUUGCAGUGAGCGAGCUGGAGGAGUCCAGGAAAGAGCUGGAGCCGUUCAACACAAGUUUAGCAAGAAAUGUCAAGUAUUAUAAGGCUGCUGUAGAGGACUUGGACAAGCGUCUGGUGGAAAUCAAGCGGGAGAGGCAUGAGUUUGAAGAGUUUGUUGCUAAAACUCAACAGACAACACCGGUUCAGGCCCAGAGGGCACAGAAGGUCAUCGGGUACAUCGAGCGUAAAAUAAAAGCGAAGGAGGUGCUGACGGAGAGGAUGCGCAGGAGAAACGAGUUUUUGCGGAAACAGAGCUGGAAGCAGCAGCGCAUGGUGCAGCAGAAGGAACAGAUGCAAGACAAGCUGCGCAGGAUCGACUUGGAGCACCUGAAGCAAAAGAACAUCCACAGCCGGGAGCUUCUGCAGAAGUUACAGGAGCGAGUGCUGUGUCACAGGAUGCUGGUUCGAAAGAGCCAACAAGGCCUGAAUGUUUACAAGGAACGGCUCAAGAAGGAAUUGGAGGAGUCUGAGACGCUGAGCAGAAAAAUCACUUUACAUGAAGAAAAGCUGUCGAAGAUCAGAGAGCAGCAGCAGAAGGUCGAGAAGGAGCAAUCUCAGGCUAAGGCUCUGAAUAAGAAGCUGAAAGCCCAGUUGGCUAAUUUCCGUGUCCCUGAUGUCAUGAAACAUGUUGAGGACAAGGCCAUAAACGAUCGACUCAGACACAACAUCAAGGCCUUGGAGCGCAAAGCGAGGAUUGUUAAGAUGACCUCGAUGGCUAAGAAACACAGUCCAGGAGAUUCGUCAGGCUGCAGUAAGAGCGAGGACCACUAGUCCAUCAUGACCAAACCCUUUAACUGAAUCCUCUUUUUUGCGCUAUAUUUUUUGCUUUUCCAUCAUUUCUUCGUUCUUGUUAAAACAGACUUGCAGACCAUUUCUCCACACACACGGCUCAAAUAAACCAUCAAGAACCCAAAGCACACGCGUUAUUAAUGAGAAAGUUUAUUAGUUAGUGCUGUGUAUAUUAAAUGCUACAUACAGAUAUUUAGCAUGAAUGUCACAUCCAUCUCCACAUGAAAUUUUUCUUACUAACUCAUCCACAAUCUACAAUUUGAAAAAGCUAAAGAAGUGUGCUGUGGAGCACAAACAUUUUUAAAACAGAUUACAGGAACUAACACAGCAGGCAUGCACGAGGCAGAGUGCAGGACCACAGAGGAAGGCCAGAACAUGCUCACCUCAACCCAGAAGAACACUUUCACCCUCAUUACCCAGUGUCCCUUCCUCUGUGGCUCUGACCCUCCCACCAAGUAUAUAUAUUUAUAUAGAAACUUUAAACAAUAUUAAUUAAAAAAAUGAAUAUACAAUGAAAAUGCAAAAACAAAAAAAGGCAUAAUUUUUUUUCUUGAAUCCCAACUGCCCUUUGAGUCAAACCUUUAAUGCCUGGGGGUGUGUGUGUGUGUAUGUAUGUAUGUGUGUGUGUGUGUGUAUAUAUGUGUGUAUAUAUAUAUAUAUAUA